GAAUUUAUUGUGUGUGAUCAUGACAUAUUCCAAUCUAUAAAGAUUGACAUAAACUUCCCCCCCAUUGAGCCAGCCAAUUCUCAACCCCAACCAACCUCACCUCUCAAGUCUCAUCAUUUUCAUAUCAGCAAGCAAGAGACUAGAUAACAUGGCGGCCAUCAGUUUAAGCCAGGAAUUUGCUAGUCCAGUAGCAGCGGCCAGGUUGUUCAAGGCCUUGAUCCUAGACUCCCACAACCUCAUCCCCAAGCUCAUGCCUCAGGCCAUUAAGAGCAUCGAAAUCAUCCACGGCGAUGGAGGCGAAGGAAGCAUCAAGCAGAUCAAUUUUGCUGAGGGUACUCGUUACAAGUACAUGAAGAACAGAAUAGACAUCCUGGACGUCGAGAAUUUGGUAUGCAAGUACACACUGAUUGAAGGAGACGUGUUGGAGGACAAGAUUAAGUCUAUUGCUUACGAGGUGAGGUUUGAGGCUUCUCCUAAUGGUGGUUGUACUUGCAAGAUGAUGAGUGAGUACCAGGCUGCUGGUGACUUUGAGAUCAAUGAGGAAGAAAUCAGGGGUGGCAAAGAAAGAGCAAUGGGCAUGUACAAGGUUGUUGAAGCUUACCUCUUCGAAAGUCCUGGUGCCUACGAAUAGCUGCAGCCUCAAGAGUCAAGACAUAUUUUCUUCUCGCCAUUCAUAUCCACCCGUCUCUCUUAUUUUCAUCGAGUUUUUGGUUGUAGUCUUUGAAAUAUAUGGACAUGUGAAAUAUUAUAAUUUAUAAACCAACAGCCAUAGUUACAUAAGGUUAAA